GGCUCCCGCUGGUACUGUGUUCCCUGCUGCUGUACAGUGAGACCUGCCGCCCACUUCAGGCUGUGCAGCCAUGUUCUGGGCACCCUGAUUGCACAGAAGCCCAUGGGGCACCCCAGACUCACAGCCCUGCUCCUGCCUCUCCUCCUGCUGUUCAUUGGCCUCUCUGCCCCUGCUGGGAUUGGCUGUCCCCACCUGCCUUGCUGGAGAACCUGCUGUCUGCUGGCCUCUCACAUGGAUGACAGUUUCACUGGAAGUUCUGCCCAUAUUCCCUGCCGUACCCGGGUGGCCCUCCCCUCCACAAAGCCUCGGUGUGCUCGGCGUUGCUCCUGCUCUCUGUGCCUGCGUCUGCUGCCAGACGCCCCAGGACUUCAGUGGGGCUGCUUCCACCUCCUGGUGCAGAAAUCCAAAAAGCCUUCCAAGUUCAAGUUCUACAGGAGACACAAGAUGCCAGCGUCUGCUCAGAGGAAGCUGCUGGGUAGCUGCUGCCUAUCUGAGAAGAGCCAUCGUAUUUCCAUCCCCUCCCCAGACAUCUCCCACAAGGGGCUGCGCACCAAAAGGACCCAACCUUCAGAUCCAGAGGCAGUGGAAACUCUCCCCAGACUGGACACACAAAGGCAUAGAGGGCCUGAGUUCUCCUUUGACUUGCUGCCUGAGGUACGGGCUAUUCGGGUGACCAUUCCUCCAGGCCCUGAGGUCAGCAUGCGUCUUUGUCACCAGUGGGCACUGGAGUGUGAAGACCUGAGCAGUCCCUUUGAUGCCCAGAAAGUCGUGUCUGGGGGCCACACUGCAGAGCUGCCUUAUGAAUUCCUUCUACCCUGUCUGUGCAUAGAGGCUUCCUACCUGCAAGAAGACACCGUGAGGCGUAAAAAAUGUCCCUUCCAGAGCUGGCCUGAAGCCUAUGGCUCCGACUUCUGGAAGUCAGUGCACUUUACUGACUAUAGCCAGCACAAUCAGAUGGUCAUGGCCCUGACACUCCGCUGCCCACUGAAGCUGGAGGCCUCCCUCUGCCAGAAACAAGACUGGUACACCCUCUGCGAAGACCUCCCUAAUGCCACGGCUCAAGAGUCAGAGGGGUGGUAUGUUUUGGAGAAAGUGGACUUGCACCCCCAGCUCUGCUUCAAGUUCUCGUUUGGAAACAGCAGCCAUGUUGAAUGCCCCCACCAGACUGGGUCUCUCACAUCCUGGAAAGUGAGCAUGGACACCCAGGCCCAGCAGCUGAUCCUCCACUUCUCUUCGAGGAUGCAUGCCACCUUCAGUGCUGCCUGGAGCCACCCAGGCUUGGGGCAGGACACCUUGGUGCCCCCUGUGUACAGUGUCAGCCAGACCCAGGGCUCAAGCCCGGUGAUACUAGACCUCAUCAUUCCCUUCCUGAGGCCCGGGGGCUGUGUUAUGGUGUGGAGGUCAGAUGUCCAGUUUGCCUGGAAGCACCGCUUGUGUCCUGAUGUCUCUCACAGACACCUGGGGCUCUUGACCCUGGCACUGCUGGCCCUCACCACCCUACUGGCAGUCGUUCUGGUUCUCACCCUCCGGCGCCCACUGUCAGGCCCGGGCCGAGCGCGGCCGGUGCUGCUCCUGCACGCCGCGGACUCGGAGGCGCAGCGGCGCCUGGUGGGAGCUCUGGCCGAGCUGCUGCGGGCCGCGCUGGGCGGCGGGCGCGACGUGAUCGUGGACCUGUGGGAAGGGAGGCGUGUGGCGCGCCUGGGCCCGCUGCCGUGGCUCUGGGCGGCGCGGGCGCGCGUGGCGCGGGAGCGGGGCACGGUGCUGCUGCUGUGGAGCGGGGCCGGCCCCCGCCCGGCCCGCUGCCCCGACCCCCGCGCCGCGCCCCUGCGCGCCCUGCUCCGCGCCGCCCCGCGCCCGCUGCUGCUCCUGGCUUACUUCAGCCGCCUCUGCGCCCAGGGCGACAUCCCCCCGCCGCUGCGCGCCCUGCCGCGCUACCGCCUGCUGCGCGACCUGCCGCGCCUGCUGCGGGCCCUGGGCGCGCGGCCUUCCGCCAGAGCCACCAGCUGGGGCCGCCUCGGGGCGCGGCAGGGCCUGCGGGGCCGGCUGGAGCUGUGCCGCCGGCUCGAACGCGAGGCCGCCACACUGGCCGACCGAGGCUGAGCAAGCUCCACCGCGGUCCCGGACGUCUGCGGCCGCAACGCGUAGGGCACUGGCUGGAACCCCGAAAUGAGCCUGCCACCCCGGAGUCCUCCGGGUGCCACCUGAGGAUUGCGGCCAGAAAGCCUUAUUCCGGCCGCCCAGCCCGGGAGUCCCAGCCCCUCCCCGACGCGUGUCCGGCUUCCUCCCCUUGCGUACCCUGCCUCUAGAAUCCCUGGGGAGUCACUCUUCGCUGAGGAUUCCUCUAACCCCUGUUUUGAUGAGGGAGGGCGAUCUUCCCGCUUCCUCUCUCCAAAACUGCAAGAGAGCAGUCUGGAAGGCUCCAGUCCAGGCUGGAGAGACGGGGGCAGGGUUAGAGGGGCAGGAGCUGACCCCAUGGCAGCUCUGAAGGAAGGUGCGUGGGGUGGGGGUUGGGCAAAAAGCCCGUGGGGACCAGAAAGCUCCCUUUCCCUUACCUGUGCCCUGCCCAGAGUGGAGGGAGGGAAGCUGGACCCAAGAGAAGAGGCUUUGGCUCUGGGUGGCCAGGACAAAGGUGGGACAGGAGACCAAGGUCCAGAAAGAUGAAUAAAGGCAAACAUGGUAGAUAAA